ACUCAUACUGCCUUAGAACCAUUCAUCGCAGUCGGCUAACAGAAGAGAAAACAGAAAAAACAGAUAAAUGCGCCACAUCAUUUCACUAUAUUAACCACCGCUCACCUUGCCCUUUGGCCAGAAUUUUAACCAUGGAGUUGUCCGAGAUACUGUACAACAAAGCGGAAUACAUUGAGACGGCUUCUGGCAACAAAGUGAGCAGACAGUCAGUGCUAUGUGGGAGUCAAAACAUCGUCCUCAAUGGCAAAACUAUUGUCAUGAAUGACUGUAUCAUCAGAGGAGACUUGGCUAAUGUCAGAGUGGGUAGACACUGUGUUGUGAAGAGCCGGAGCGUUAUUCGACCACCAUUUAAGAAGUUCAGCAAAGGAGUGGCAUUCUUCCCACUACACAUUGGAGACCACGUCUUCAUCGAGGAGGACUGUGUGGUCAAUGCAGCACAGAUUGGUUCCUACGUCCACAUUGGAAAGAACUGUGUCAUAGGUCGUCGCUGUGUGCUGAAGGACUGCUGUAAAAUCUUAGAUAACACUGUACUUCCUCCUGAAACAGUUGUGCCUCCUUUCACCGUUUUCUCUGGAUGCCCAGGUCUUUUUUCAGGAGAGCUCCCGGAGUGCACACAGGACAUGAUGAUCGAUGUAACCAAGAGUUACUACCAGAAGUUCCUUCCCCUCAGCCAGAUCUGAGACACAUCCUAAAAACCAUCAGCAGGGUCCACACUCCCUUUCUAUCCACUUCCAGGUCAGGGUUGGAUCCUGUCUCCAAGACUGAAAUGGACUCUGAGUUCUCACCUUCUGCCUUUCAUCUCCCAGAGGCCUCGAGUUUCUCUGUCCAGGAAAAUCCGUUGGUAUUGUUUUGAACCGACAUAUUUCUUCUGAAUCUGAUUAAACUUCCAAAGGAAGUUUUGUAAGCUUGCAGCUUCAGAUUCCGGUUAAAAAUCUGAACCCUUGUUAAAUUCAGAAAGCUUCUAAGAUGGUGUUACCAAACUGCACACAACAUGCUCCCAGUUUAUCUGAGAUAAAACUCCUGAAUUUAUUUCUGUUUCCUAUAGAUACUUUAAUUUCCCAAGGAGCUGUGCUUAUGUAAGAUACCUUUACCAGGUCAGUGUGUUCAAGGUCCUCUGUGUGUCUGCUGAUAAUGACAAUAAUGACAAAGACAAACAGAGAAGCCCUCGUGUAGGAAGUUGUGGCAGCAGUAGGUGGAGAAGCAAGGAAAGAAGAGAAGGUGCAGUCUGGAUGUGUUUGAAGGAUGUUAGAACACAGCUUUUAGGAGACUCUUCAACAUGUAUGGACCAAAGUAAGAGCAACAACAGUUGACUGUACAGGUAUAUUAUUCAUAUCCAUGGCCCACACACAAUAAAAUAAGUCACUUUAGUCACCGUCAUUUUAUUUAAAAUGUUUAUUUGCUCUCACAUUUACUGGCCUGUGUAAAUUUGCGUUAAUAAUUUUAAUGUUCAUAGUAGUCAUGCAUAUGAAUAAAUAUAAAUGUGUGGAAAUCUACCUGCUGUGAGCUGAACGUUUAUCAAUCAUCAACUUACUUCAUAUAAAAGCCUGCAGAGUAGUGAGCACUAGUGGUGCUCUGGAGCUGUAUGAGUGGGUACAGUGGUUAGAAAGAAAUCCUGCAAAUAUUCCUGUUAACCAGUGGAAUAAUUGUGGGUUUCAUUUUAGUUUUUAUUUUAUGCAAGCAUAGAACUGCCACAGAACACACACACAAGACAUGUCCGAGCUGCUUCUUCUAAUAAGAUACUUUCUCGUUACGAGACAGUGAGAUUUUCAGUUUUAACGAGAACGUGAAAAGUACCUUGUUAUAUUUACCACAAAGUUAAAUUAUUGACUGAUAGUUGAGGGUUGUUUGCAGGGGGGAUGGAGUCUGAAGUAAAACAGGUUUGGGUUGAUUUUCAAGGAGAUUCUUUAAAUGUAUUAUUGGUGAAAUAUUUAUUUACAAAAGAAAUAAAUUGCACAUAGUAUCAGUGUAUAUGCAGUAAUGAAUAUCAAUUACGGAUGCCUUGAUACUGAAUACUUAAUAAUACAAUUACAGCAACAACAAAAAAAGUUUUUUAACUAAUUUAAUUUGCCUCUGACUGUAAGACUUACUAUCUAACUACAACAUCAUGCAGUGCUGUCUUGCAUGAGUAUUCACUGAAUCAAUACUUUGUAGAGCCACCUUUGGCUGCACUUGCAGCUGCAAGUCUUCUGGGGUUAUGUAUCUAUCUACUAGCUUUGCACAUCGAGAGACUGAAAUAUUUGCACAUUCUUCUUUGCAAAAUAUUUCAAGCUUGGUCCAUCCCAUUGUAGCUUUGGCUGUAUGUUUAGGAUCGUUGUCCUGCUGGAAGAUAAACCUCUGCCCCAGUCUCAAGUCUUUUGCAGACUCUUACAGGUUUUCUCCAAGGGUUGCUCCAUCAACUCUUACCAUCUUCACUGGCCUUGUCGGAGAAAAGCCUCCCCACAGCAUGAUGCUGCCACCACCAUGUUUCACAGUAGGGAUGGUCUGCUCAGGGUGAUGCGCUCUGUUAGGCUUCCUUUACACAUAGUGUUUUGUAUUAAGUUUAAAAUUGUAAGUUGAGGCCGACGGCCAUGUCUUGUUCAAAGCUUGGGAUAUUUCUUUUUAUAACCUGGCCCUGCUUUAAACUUCUCCACAACUUUAUCCCUGGUGCGUCUGGUGAGCUCCUUGGUCUUCGUGAUGUUGUUUGUUCAGUAAUGUUCUCUGCCAAACCUCUGAGACUCUCUUUAAUUAAACGCUGGUUAAAAUACAUUUAAAUUUGUGGUUGUAACGUGACAAAAUGUGGAAAAGUUCAAGGGGGUGAAUACUUAUGCAAGGCACUGUAUGCCAUCACUGCUGUUAAAACGCUCACAGUCUCCUCCGGAGGUAUUGGAAGAGUGAGGCCAAUUUAUUUUUGGAUAAAGAGCAGAGGUGAUGUGUUCAUGCCUAGAGGUGUUCAUACAGAAACGAGAAGCACCAUUUUUUGAAUAAUGCAAUGAUAAUAAAAAUGCAAUGCCAAACUUUAGUUCCUGCUGCAGCUGUAAACUUUAGAGCACUCUCCACCUUCAGACUCAUCCCUCCCUGAUGUAAACAUUCCACAACAAUUAAUCAAUAAAGCAGACUUUAAAGUAAAAAACGAUUACUAUCUGUAAAUAGUUAAGUGAACAGCUCAGUUAUUUCUUUCUGCCCUGAAGCAGCCCUACACUCCCAUAUGAUUUUGCCAUUUUACUAAAUAAGGAUCCACUUAUUUCAAAUCUACACACUGUACCUUUAAAUCAGGGUCAAAAGCAGUGGACAGAUACGUUUUCGAGUGUUGUUAUCACUGCAGUAUGGAAAUAUGAUCAACUUUAAUUAAAUAUUCCACAGCUCUUUUAUGUGUCACUUUGUACCAUCACCCUUUAGCACCACCUAGAGGUCUAAGACAUGGCUGAACACCAAGCCUUAUUUAGUUUGUCCUCAGUCCAAAAAUGAAAGUCACCGCACUCCAAAAAGACAAAAAUCACUUAUUUUCCUUAAAUAAAUGAAGAAUACAUAAGAUAAUCUAAAUAUUAGACCUUCAUAGUUACCACAGUAUUUCAAAUUCAUGUAUUUCAUUUCACUCACCCGUAAAACCAACCAGAAAAUAGGCCUGUGAAUGGAAAGCCAAUGAAAUAUUAAUACUUCGAUUCUCUAAAUAAUAUUAAUUUAAAUUUAAGAGGAAAAAAAAAAUUACAUUUGUCUUGCUUCUGCGUUCUCCCACGUGAAAUGUGUUCUCAACCAGACACUGGAGAACAAAUCCUAAGAGCACACAAAUAAACAACACAUAGAAUGUUCCCCCUUUUUUAAUGAACCACACUCCAUCCGAUUGCAACUCAAUGGUUUUAUUUCUUUUACAAUAUGAACCACAUAUCAUACCAACAAUUAAAUGUUAAGUAUAGAGAUUAGCCAUUUAUUACUUUUUUUUUUUUAAACAAAUAAGUAUCCAGAAACAGCUAAUAAUAGUGUUGGCUCCAGAGACACGUGGCAUGAGUCAGCCUUUUGAAACAAUGUGAAUGAAGGCCUGUGAUUGGCUAAGGGGAAGAAAAGAAAAACAAAGUCGCCCCCCCCCAUGACCAGACUAAUUGUGAAGGGGUUGGGGGGGUUGGGGGGAGAUUUAAUGCUGCAACAUGAACAGUAGGCUUGGAAAGAGGGCAGCAGCCAGCUCUUUGCCAACUCUAGUCGAGCCUUUGGAAAACUGUCUUUUGAUAGUUGGACUUGUACUUUAUUUAUCCUGCCAGCACACUUCUCAUUUUCCGUAUUUUAAGUGACAUGUUGUCAUGCAACAGAAACGGAGGUUAAAACUACUCGUUUGUGGCUCAACGCACAAUUUGGUUUCAGUCAGCAACGCUACCAAUGCCAACGACGGGUGUCGGACACACAGAAGUGAGAAAAGUGACAAAAAUACCAAAAAAAACUGAACGCAUUCCUCUGACUUAAUGAAGAGCAUGUGGACAGGCAGUCAGGUCGCUCCUCAGAAUUCACUCAUUCAUUUUCAAUCGUCAUGUUAGCUCCGCACUCUUACGUUCUGCCAUCCCA